AUGUCGCUAUUAAAUCUCUACUUCCACACAAGGGUCAGUGCAUGGCACUGUUUACUCCCUUACUCGCCUGUGGCACCACUGCUCUCUCUGGACCAAUCAGAACUCUGCGUGCCGUCACUUGAGGCCUCCGCUACCUCACCAGAACAGUUCUCUCUGAAACCAAAGCAAGAAGGUAGCAGUCCCGGGGAACACGGCUCGCAGACCCUCGAAGUUGACCAAGGUCGUGACGGAGGCCCUGUAGGGGGACGCGGGCGCCGGAGAAGGCCGCUCCUCAGGGGAGAGUCCAUCCCCGGCAAGCACCUCACCAGGCAGGGAUCCAUAGACGCUUCUGGCGAGGAAACACAGGAGGAGCAGCUGAUGCUUAGACCGUCCAGGGCAGCUGAGGAGAUGCCACGUCACAGGAAGGUUUCUCGAUUCCGGAAUUUCGGCAACCAAAUCCGGUUCCUUCGGCGCCUGCAGCUGUCCCGAGGAGCUAAGGAUCACCUGGUAUCGCCAGCCGGAAGCUCGGAUUCUGACCCCGAGUGUGGCCCUCCCGAGGGCUCGUCCCGCGCCCCUCCUUCAGGCAGAAGCAGUAGUAGUAGCAAAGGCACGAGAAGCCCUUGCGCUCAGGCUAGGUAUCACCCUGUCAACGGCGGGUGCAUGGUGCGGUCGUCGUCCUCGUGAACAGCGCCGAGGACACAGAACCGUCGCAGCAACAGCGACAAGGCUGGACACUCGAAGCUGACCUUCCCAAGUGAUACUAUUCCAUUAAGUGACCUUCAGCAAUGGCAGCGGCCCUCCCCAGCUUUGGCUUGGCAGUGCCAUUAUUUUUCGUAUUCUGAAAUCACAGAAAACCAUGUGUACACAUUGCCUAUAGCAUGUCGACGUAGUUUUAAAGUUUUGUUUUAUGUGAAUUGUUGGAAUAAUAAAACUGUUGCAAGAGACACUGAAAGAGUCGUGUUGAGAACCAGCGGAUUGUUAUAGCUCGCAGAAAUGGCCUAUUUUAAGGCAAAUAAACAACCAACCAGAAAAUCAUGUAAUAGUUACAACAAACAACGAAUAAGUUAGUUUGAUGCUCCUGCAACACAAUACCUUCAUCUAUUUUUCAUCUCCUCUACUUUCAUGUUUUUAAUGUGUUAAUGCGUUUAAUCUUUAAAGACAUAUAUGCAUAUAACAUAAGACUGACUAUGCAGGUAACGAUAUUUCGGAAUUUAGAUUUGCAAUGACUAUAAGUUAAAUCUAGAAAACAAUUCCAUGAGAAUGCUAUGUUCUUAUACACUUCACAUCUUUAGAUUCUCAUUUCACUCUCGGUCAGGCGCACCGCUGUCCGGCCAAAAUAAUGGUGUCAGAAAAUGUAACAUGUAACUGAUCAUCACUUGAUAAUAAGGGUUUUCAUAUACGCAACAAUGUAACUCGUUCCCCAAGAAAAAAGAAAAUGGAAAUCGUGAACUUUACAAAACAAAUGUACAUAUUUAUAACCAGGAUGCACAGAAGCGUCGGUCAUUUGCGUCAGAGGAACCUGUUUCUGUCUCCUUGCCGCGAAGGUGUCCGGAUCCGUGCUUCUGGUCGCUGGUAUGACUUCGUCUUAAUCAAGAUAACCAUGUUGCUUUUCGGUAGAUUUCUCAAGCUAAUAGAAAGUUAUAGGAAAUCUGGGACUUAUCCUUUUCAGAUUUGGUAAGCGAGUAUUUUUCUAUGAAUAUAUAUUCUUUUUGAUAUAUUAGAAGUAAUAAAUAUGUAGUUAUAUCCGUAAGUAAUUACUACAAGAGCCACUGUAAUUUUAUGAGUCCUUGCUGAUUUUUCUAUGCACUCAACCCGUAUUUGUGGUGUGCAGUACAUCCCCGGAUCACAAAGCCAGAAACUUGCCCGAGCUCUUUCUUGUGAGGUCGCUUAACACACGAGAUUAUCUAUGCUAAUUAAACAAGGAAAAUGCCCUGCCCUUAUUUAUGUUUUUUUCUUCUUUUUACCUCGAAGAAAUAUCAUUUUCGAAAAUCCAGUCCGAAACGGGAUUUUGCGCGAAAAGGGAUUAAUUCAUGGCGUAUUGGAUCACGUGACAUUGCUGCACAAAAAUAACCAGAAUUUUCUUGGACCGAAUACAGGUGCAUUUAGCGCAAACAGUCAGACACUCCAGUGGAUCAACCUGUGUUUAUUUCCGAGUUCGGUUUCAAAAAUGUUAUCUAUGUCGUGUUAUCUUUUUGGCAUUUAGUAUGAAUUUCUUUAUCGCAAAGAUAUUCAAAGAGCAGUCAAUUUACUGUCGAUAUUCGAUGUAUAAAGUAUUAAAUGCAUCUGUUAAUAAAAUCACCAAUCAUACCUCAUUGUAGUAAAAGUACGAUUUCCUUCAGCAAUUUCACGCAGCAGCUUUCUCAUUUCAUUUUUUAUUUAUGAAAAAUACAUUUAGUUUGAUAGUUCUUCAGCGACGGCCGAACCAGGCUGUUUCAGGCUGCGGAUAAUGAUAAUUGACGACGCCUGUUUUGCGGCUCGACGCUGGUCGCGCCUCCCGGCCCCGCUGCUGGGGCGGAGGCGCGAGGUUUCGCUGCUCACUGGGACAUCAUCUUGAUAUAUAUAUUCUUAUCACUCACACACACA